AUGGACGCCUACCCGCCCGAGUUUGCAAUUCAUCUCCAGCCGACCUUGGUUGUCUCAGGCUUGACCACUGCCGAAGACGUGUCCCAUCAGGAGGAUGCGAACCCACCACAGGUCAACAACGACAACCCACCUCCCCCACCACCGAGGCCGAGUACUCAGGGCAGCAAGACAGGACUAGCUACCCAAAAGGCCGCCUUGCUUCAGGCGAUGCUUUCCCGCAACAACGUCUCCUACUGGGACAACACCAAGGGUCUUGCAGGGUCGCUGUUUUACGUGAUCCCAGAACAGGCAGCCUACAACCUCCCACCAUCACGACGAUUCCUGCAGCAGACGAAUCAAUUACACCUCGCUCAACAAUCCCUCUCGCCUACUGCACCUUCUUCACCGCUCUACCCGGAUGGCCUUAUCACACCUCUGUGGGUUCGGCGGCACCGUGAAAAGAUCCCAUCCGUUUUUAUUGCAGUCGUGGACCUUUGGGACAGAGAGUCGAUUGUUGGAAACGCCGACAAUGGCCAACGCGGAUUCUCUGAUAAAGGACCAUUGGGGGUUGUUGACCCCAUGGAGCGUGAUCAUGAUACCACGUUGGCGCAAGAUCUUCUGGAGCGCCGGAAAGCUUCACAGGAACGAGGAGUCAAGUUUGCUGCCGUUGUGAUACUGCAGAGGUCACAUAUGGAGGAUCCAUCUAUCGAGGACCGACUGAAUUUCGUGCGCAAGUCGGCAGGAUUGGACAUCAAAAACUCGUUCUAUGUGCUCCCACCCAGCAACAGCCAGGAGAUCUCGGACUUUGCAGUCAAUCUUCAACGGUCGCAGUACGAGGGCUCGAUGAAUUACUACAAGGAACAAGUCAAGCGACACAAGAAAAAGCGAUCCAACCUUCCUUCAACAACGGCCAGUGUCCGGCCAGGACAGCAACCAAACAUCGGAGGAUCGCAACAGACUCAACAGCAAACACUCUCUGUCCAGGGAUGGAUGUUUCGCUAUGACUUCAAGAUGGGCAUGUUUUCCGAGUGUAAGCAGGACAUCGACAAUGCGGUCAAGUUUUACGAAUCUGCAUAUGGUCUCCUCAUCGACAUGUUCGCUAUAACCUCGACAAUUACUCCUGGAACCCCAGGAUUACAAGCUCGGACGAAGCGAUGGGCAGAAGCCAAAGUGCUGGCUGAUUGUCUUUGCCUGAAGAUCUGCAAAUUUCAUCUCUAUUUGGAUGCACCUUCCACAGCUCUCUUCUACUUCCGCCGCCACUUGAUCGUGUUCAAGGCCUUCUCGGAGAGCUGGAGGAUGGGCGACGACUCCUUUGAGUACUGGGCUUGGCUUGGCAAGCAGUACAGGGUAUUCGGCGACCUGCUGGAUAUCGGGACCAAAGCAGGAUUUAAGCUUCCCGUUCCUUCGCCUGGCAGUGUCGUUUAUGGAUCGUUUGCAGGAAUGACAGAAGGGUCAAAGGAUCUCAACAAGUUCUCUGGCAUUGGAGUAGGAAAUGGCGCUACCGGAUUCGGAAUCAGUCCUUCAGGUGACGCCUCUGUGUACAAUGGGAGUGUCGGUGGAGGACGCGGAGGUGGAACGCACGGUCCUGGCGCUGGUGUCAACCCAAUGCUGGUUCUUCAGCAUGCCGGAUACUUUUUUCACCAAUCUGCAAACUGUAGCGUGCAGAGACGACUGCGGUUUGAGAUGGCUGAGGAGGCGUAUCCUGACAGCUCGGUAGCGCCUGCUCCUACCAGCUCAAGGCCCUAUCCUCCUACGCUUCAAUCGAUGAAUGCUGAGAGAGCCAUUGACCACCUCUCACUCACGAUCGAGUUGUUGACCAAGAGUUACGAGCAGUUCAAAAGAUACAAGGCUGGUCGAAUGACUCUAUUCUUGGCCUCGGAGAUCGCAGGAACAUACUACACGGCAGGAAAAUUUGAAAUGGCGCUCAAAUUUUUCGAGAGGAUCGGCAAGACCUAUCGCAAGGAGGGCUGGAACUUGAUUUUGACCUCGAUCUUGAAAUGGUCCAUCCAAUGCGCGAAGGAGUUGGGAUACUGGGAGAACGUGGUCGAAUAUUUGAUCGAGAUGAUGAGUCCAGAUAUGCCUGCAACUGAAGCCAAGAGACUGAGUGUUUUCGAUGAGCUUGUCAGCAUACUUCACACCAAGACCCAUCCUGCCAAUACGUCCGUUCACAAGCCUCUUGCCCUGCCAAUGCCUCAAAUGAACUCUUUCGUUUCAUGUGCAGUCCAGUUCCAAUCGAAGCAGGCAUUUGUUGCAUCGGCGAGCAAGUUUCAGCUUCAGUUGGCAACGCAAGGAGGCCAAGGCGCGCUGCCGAAACCCUUCCGUUUAUCAUAUGUUCUUGUGGAAUUUUCAGACCCCACACUGAAUCACCGAUUUGAGGACCCGAGACCGCUUGAUCAGACUUGCGUACAGGACCCCGUGGAGCGACUAUCGAUGAAGGACCGUACGGGGAGAAACGUGGAGUGGGUCGAUUGUGGCCGCUGCACUUUUGAUACCCAAGGCAGCGUAUGGAAAGCCAACCUCGAUUUGGAUAUUAAUCCUCAUUCGACAAUGGUCAUUGAAGGCGCUAUCGUGCCAGAGAAGGAGCAGACUAUCAAGGUUGUCAAAAUCACCCUGGGAGUUGCGACAGAGCAAUGGAACGUUGCCCUCGAGUACCCAACGACAGACGUCAUACUAGAAGGCGAUCAACCUGGCUCUCAGCAGAAUCACAUGCCGCUCCAAGGAAGCCCCCCUAGAAGACAGUGGCUGGAUGUGUCUCGGGCGUCGGAAGAUGCAAGCUCAUCCGUGAAGUUGAAGUUCAAGCAGCUUGACAAGGGGGCCAAACGUGCUCCAUCACUUCACGUGGUGCCUAGGGAAUCCAAGGUUGAGAUCCAAACAUUGUUCAAGUCACCGGCUUAUCUCGACGAGUUCUUCCCUGUGGUCAUCAAAGUUCGAAACGGAGAAGCGUUCCCUGUGGCCAUGGAGAUGGAUGUAGAAUUGCAACCUAUCGACCCAAGCAUAGAUUCGCUCGACAGCAUUGUGAUAGAUCCUCAUGCUGCCCUCAAAUCCCUCUCUGCUGGAUCUUUCCAAGCAACCCAGAUACUCCAUGGAAUCCGUUUGUCGAAGGCUGGCAGCUCUGCCAGUUCAAGCAACGUUGCACAAGAUCUCGCUGUAGGCGAGUGGGCAGAGCAAACCAUCUUUGUCAAGGCGCUCGAGAUCCCAACUCCUAGGACCAUUGUCUGCAAAGUUCGGUACGAGGUUUCGUUGGAAAAUGAGCAGAAGAAGUCGUCGACGGAGAAGCAGCACGCCUUCAGGGUUCUGUUCAUCCCGCCUUUCGACGCCGCCGUCGAUUAUACCCCACAACUGGCCCAUGUCUCGGAGACCAAAAAAACACAAGAUAGUGAGCCCGACCUUGUUCCGAUUUUGCAGUCGAAUGUGGUGGACGAAAAGUAUGGCGCGGUGACGGUACCUGCACUGACCCACACGGAGGUGUACUUGAUGUCAACUCGGGUGAACAACGAGGGACCAUGGCCGGUUCAAGUCAAGGAGGUCAAGCUCAUCAUCGGCUCGGAGUCAAACACCUUGGCAGAGCCUGGCACAGGAGGUCGUGAUGGCGCUGCAGGAGGCUUAGGAGGACUCUCUCGGAGCCACAGUAUCAGUCGAGUGCGUGGCCGGAAAAAGAGCCUGCAGGAGGUCGGUAUUCGUGUCGAGCUACUGGAGGAUAGCAGUAUUGGCCUAGAUGGCAACCGCUUCGGAGACGAAGGAGAAAGCGAGUCCAGUCUCCUACCCUGGCGGUCUGGCAAUCUGCAGACUUUCAUUCAUUUGGUCAGGGUAACUGCAGCCGAUCUGGAUAUGGCGCCUGACCAGAUUGAAGUUGGCUAUUUGCGCAUCCAAUGGAGGAGGUUUGAGGACGAUGGAAAGGCCAACGCGCCGUUUGUAGUGACCAAUGUUCCCUUGCAACCACUAGAGCUGCCCAAGGCACAACCCUAUAUGACUGUUGAUCUCCCCAAAGAUGCUUUGGUCAGUCGACCUUUCACGGCCAGAUACGAGAUCCACAACCCAACUGGCAAGACCCAAGAACUUGCUAUGACCGUCGAGCCAUCUGAGGGUAUGGUUUAUGCGGGUACCAUGCAAACGACCCUCAGGAUCCUCCCUUUCGCCAGCCACUCCAUCCAGAUGAACUGCUACCCUCUACAGGCCGGAUUGACUCGACUUCCGCUGGUAAAGCUGGUCGUAAACAAGAGGAAGCCCAGUCGCAGACGUGGUCAGGCAUCACAUCAACUGCAACAACCAGAGAGUCAUGAGGAGGUAUUGGUCAAGGUCAGAGGAGCAAUUAAAAUGGGCGGCCCUCAAAAUGCAAGAACGGGGACUGGAGAGACUGUUGUGAUCUUUGUCAAGCCUGAGACUGGGUCACUAGAGUAG